AUGCCUCAUCAGUUAAGAAGAGUUAAUCAGAAUAAUCAAAAUAGGAUUGAUAAUGAAAAUGGCACUGAUAUAAAAACUAAAACAACAUAUCUUGGCAUUUCACAACCUAUUUCAAUUUCUGGACCUGAUGAAACUGAUAUCGUUUUAUCAAAAAAACUUGAUGAAUAUCUGCAAGCUAAUGGCUACUUUGAAACAGAGGAAGAAAUGAACCUGAGGCUUAAAGUUCUCUGCAAAAUCAAUGCAUAUGUGAAGAAAUGGGUUCAGUUAGUUUCAAGACGGAGGCAAAUGCCUGAGUCAGAAAUCCAACAAGUCGGUGGAAAAUUAUUCACGUUUGGAUCUUAUCGUCUUAAUGUUCACACAAGAGGAGCUGAUAUUGACUCUCUUUGUGUAGCACCCAGGCAUGUAAACCGCAAUGAUUUCUUCACAAGCUUCUAUGAAAUGCUUGCAGAGGACCCAAAUGUGGCAGAGUUGCGUCAAGUACAGGAAGCUUUUGUGCCAGUCAUAAAGCUUAAAUAUUAUGGAAUUGAAAUGGAUAUGUUAUUUGCCCGACUGGCUUUACCAAGAGUCCCAGAAGAGCAGCAAUUAAAUGACGAUUUUAUAUUAAAAAAUUUGGAUGAAAAAAGUGUGCGAUCUUUAAAUGGAUGCAGGGUAGCCGAUGAAAUAUUAAAAUUAGUACCAAAUGUAUCCACGUUCACUUAUGCCCUGCGGGCAAUCAAACUUUGGGCGAGAAACCAUGGCAUUUACUCCAAUGUACUUGGAUAUCUUGGCGGUGUUUCAUGGGCAAUCCUAGUUGCUCGGACGUGUCAGUUAUAUCCGAAUGCGGGACCCGCAACUCUUGUUCAAAAAUUUUUCCUUCUGUAUACUCAGUGGGAAUGGCCUAAUCCAGUAGUUCUCAAAGAUACUGAAGUGUUAUAUGCCCGAGAAAUGCCAUCAUUACAAGAGCUUGUAUUUGAUCCGCGAUCAAGGCCUGGAGAUAGGUUCCAUCUAAUGCCUAUUGUAACUCCUGCAUUCCCACAACAAAAUUCAACAUUUAACGUGACUAAAUCAUCGCUGAAAAUCAUUACGAAUGAAAUUGAAGAAGGUCUGUUAAUCACUGAUAGCAUUUUCAAUGGCAAAGCUGACUGGUCCGCUUUAUUCGAAGAAGUUAAUUUCUUUACUCGAUAUAGACAUUAUCUUGCACUACUUUGUGUAUCAGCAUCUGAGCAGGAUGAAUUAGUGUGGUGUGGACUUGUUGAAUCCAAGAUUCGACUUUUGGUUGCAAGUUUAGAUCGACGCAAAAGUGUAAAAGUUUGCCAUGUUCACACGAAACACUAUCAACCACGAAAUGAUCCUUUUCCUGUUCAUAUCCCCUUAUCGAAUCCACGCUGCCGAGUAUGGUUUGUCGGUCUGGAUUUUAAUAAAGCCGUUAGUCGGAAAAUUGAUAUUCAACAUGAAAUUCAAAGUUUUCUGGAUCUUUUGAAUAACUUAGCCACCACUCAAAACAUAUAUGUAGAGGGAAUGAGUUUAAUACCUCAUUAUCUUCGAAAAGUGGAACUUGGUAGAUGGUUAAAUGUUGAUGAUUUAACAAGAGGACGAAAUGCAAUGAAAAGGAAAUGUCUUGCAGUGAGCGAUAAUCAAAAUAUCGCUGUUGCUCUUGCAAAUAAGGCAAGGAGUGAGCCCUCAAGUUUCUCUUCUUUGCAUUCAUUAGAAAGUGCUUCACCCUCAACGUCAUCAUCUGGAACGGAAACUAAAAAAGUUGAAAAUCUUUCAGUUGCAUCGUCUUCUGGCAAUUUAUUAUUAAGUGGUGAUGAGCAGAUACGCGUUGCAUCUUUUCAGUUAGGUGAGGACCAAAUUCAUCACAGAAAACGUCGAGCGGAGAUGUCUGUUGAUGAUGAAUGUGAAUCUGCGCACAUCAAACUUAGUCCUUCUCCUAGCAGCAAUGUUUUGUCAUCAGAUACUAAAGAAGUUGAAUCUGAAAGAGGAAGUCAGAAUACUUCGGCAAGUUUUAGUAUCUGA